CUUAUUGAAUGGACAAUUUAUUACCGAUUGCAAAUCCUAUACUUUCAACUCCUUUUGAAUUUACAACACCUAAAUAUGAUUAUCCAGGUUAGAUAAGGUAUUUUGUAUAAUAAUUAGUCCCUUACCUUAUUUUCAUAACUAAUAUAAACCUCCAAAGGAUAUUCUUAACUUUGAGUGCUGUGAUAUCGAUUUUUUUCAAAGAGAAUCAAGCUAAUAUAAGACAUUUCAUGAAUUGCAUAAUAAUGCAACGUUGAUUUAUCAAAGAUUCAUUAACUAAACUCCUAAAGGAUAAAAUUUUGCAUCACCAAAAUAUAUUGGGACUAAACUAUUUUCUAAAGGACCUAUCCAUUUUGAUUCAAACUUUGAAUGUGGAAAUUUGUAUACAGUUCAUAGAGUGGGCAAUAAAAAAUACAAUUUGAUUUUGCAUAAUGAUACAUAAACAAAUGGUUGCACAAGAUGGUAUUUUUUUAGUGUAAGAACUCCAGAAAGAACAAUGCUCCAAUUUAACAUUAUAAAUUUAAGUAAAUCAGCAUCGUAUUUAAAUGUAAAUCCUUAUAUCUACACUGCUCGUACUGGUUGGUAUAGAGGUGGAGAUAAUGUGUAAUAUUAUAAAAACAACUAUAAAAAAAAUAAAGACACUAAUUAUUAUACCCUAUCUUUUAGCUAUUUAUUUGAAAAAGAAGAUAUUACUUACUUUUCAUUAUUUCCACCCUAUGGAUUAUCAAGUCUCUCAUAAUUUUUAAUACCUUUUUAGAAUCUGUAACAAAUUUUGUAAUAAAUUAGACCAUUUUUUAAAUUAAAGUCAAUAACAACCAAUUUAGGUAAUUAAUGUCCUGUAAUCACUAUGGGAGACUCCUCUAAACCAUUAAUAGUUAUAUUGUCUAGGUAACACCCAUCAGAGGUUAUAUCCUCUUAUGUAAUUGAAGGAAUCAUUCAAUAUUUAGUAAAUGAAGAUGCUUAAAAUUUAAGAUAAUAAUUCUAUUUUAAGAUUCUACCUAUGAUGAAUCCAGAUGGAGUUAUUCAUGGAAAUAGCAUUACAACUCUUUAAGGAAUUGAUAUCAAUUAAAAAUGGCAUAAAGUUAAUAAAUUAAUUCCCAGUGCUCAACAUGUAAAAGCACUAUUAAAAAAAGCUUAAAAUUUACAUUUAGUUUUAGACAUACAUUAAACAUUCAAAAAGUAAAAAAAAAAAUUACAUUUUAUUUAGAUAUGGUAUCAAAUUUGUAGGAAUACACAAUUAAAACUAACCAUUCAUUUCAGCCAUUUAAUAAACUUGUUAAUAUGUUAAUAUAAAUUAAAGUAAAUUUGGAAAAUCUUCUAAAAUGGAAAGAACCCUUCCAUUUGCUUUGGGGUAUCCUCAUCUUAUUUUUUUAGAAAUAUUUUAUAAUUUAGUAAUAUAUUUUAAAUGAGAAUUUCAAAUUAAGAUGAAAAUGGAAAAGAUUUUUCAGUAGAAAAUCUCCAAUAAAUUGGCGUUAACAUCUGUCAAGCAAUUAAUUUAAUGAAUACACCAGAACUUAUUAAGGAGUUUCCUAAAAUUAAUUAAUAAAUAGAUAUUUCAGAUUCAGAGUCUUGUAGUUCUUGUGAUGAAAAUUCUUACAAUAAAAAAAGAGUUAUAAAGAGAAAGUUGACUACAAUUAAUCCAGGAAAUGAAAAUAAUAUUUCAAUAGCAACUACUACUACUACAAAGAAAUCAUUUCUUCCAUCAAAACUUAAGCCUCUCUGUGACUUAUCCUAGUACUAAACAUCAAAUAAAAAAUCUGUUUAAUCCUCUUAAUUUAAAACCAGAAUUAGAUCUUUUUCUACUAGAGCUCCAGAUAUAUAACUAAAACAUUGA